AUGCAGGGGCCUGGAGGUGCUGAGAAGAUGGCCUCCCCAGGUGCCCCAGGGACCCGCAUGACAUCCACAGUCAGUAUCAACAUUUCUACCCCUUCCUUCUACAACCCGCAAAAGAAGUUUGCGCCCGUGGUCGCCCCUAAACCCAAGGUGAACCCCUUCAAGGCUGGGGGCACGUCAGAGUCAUCGCUGCCCCCACCUCCUGGAGCUGGCGCCCAGCGUGCUCAGAUGGGGAAGGUGGGGGAGAUUCCAUCAGCAUCCCCAUCCCUGCUGGCAGAAGAGCUGCCGCUGCCACCUCCUCCCCCACCUGGAGAGGAGGCAAGUUUCUCCUCAAACUGUGCUUUCCCCCCACCCCCACCACCUUUUGAAGAGCCUUUUCCACCAGCCCCAGAAGAAGUUUUUCCUUCUCCUCCUCCUCCGCCAAUGUUUGAUGAAGGGCCUGUGAGCAAGGUACCUGCCACACAGAUAUCUGCAGGAUCCACAGGUUCUCUGGAGAAGCCAUUGGCCCCAAAAGCCCACAUGGAAAUACCAUCUGCACCCAGAGAUACUCCUCAUUCCUUUCCUUCCAAGUUCACUCCAAAGCCAAGUGGAAGCUUAUCUUUCAAGCCCCCUGGAGCAGAUUUGACCCCUGCCCCAACCCCAUGGGCAGCUCCACAGCAACGCGUGGAGCCCCUAGCACCAGUCCCUCCACCCCCCUCUCUCCCUCCUGCUCAGACUACCCCUAAAUUCACCCCACCCCCUGUUGCUGGCUCUCCUAAGUCUGGGUCCAAAUCAGGUGCCAAUGUUCCCAUGGCUCCCUCAAACUCUACAAGAUAUCCUACCUCCCUUCAGAGUCAGUUCACAUCCCCUUCACCUUCAGGUCCCUCCUCUCGGCCACAGCCUCCCAAUUUCACCUAUGCCCAGCAGAGGGAAAGACCCCAAGUGCAGGAGAAGCCACGUCCCACAGAACAACCUGCUGCUGCAAAAGACAUGCAUAGACCUGCAGGUUCCAGUGCAGAUCCACCUAGGGGAAACUCCUGUCUGACCAUGAAGGAGGUAGAAGAGCUGGAGAUGUUGACCCAGAAACUAAUGAAGGAUAUGGAGCAUCCGCCCCCAGCAGAGGCUGCUACUUCUGAGCUCUGCGGCUUCUGCCGGAAGCCACUGUCGCGAACCCAGCCAGCUGUGAGGGCCCUGGACUGCCUUUUCCAUGUGGAAUGCUUCACCUGCUUCAAAUGUGAGAAGCAGCUGCAGGGGCAGCAGUUCUACAAUGUGGAUGAGAAGCCCUUCUGCGAGGACUGCUAUGCUGGGACCUUGGAAAAGUGCAGUGUGUGCAAACAGACCAUCACAGACCGGAUGCUGAAGGCCACUGGUAAUUCAUACCAUCCCCAGUGCUUCACCUGCGUGAUGUGCCAUACCCCUCUUGAGGGGGCCUCUUUUAUUGUGGACCAGGCCAACCAGCCUCACUGUGUGGAUGACUACCACAGGAAGUAUGCUCCACGCUGCUCAGUCUGUAGUGAGCCUAUCAUGCCAGAGCCCGGAAAGGAUGAGACAGUGCGUGUGGUGGCAUUGGAGAAAAAUUUCCACAUGAAAUGUUACAAGUGUGAGGACUGUGGGAAGCCCUUGUCCAUUGAAGCAGAUGAGAAUGGGUGCUUUCCACUGGAUGGGCAUGUGCUGUGUAUGAAGUGUCACACUGUUCGUGCCAAAACAGCACGCUGAGGAGCUUGGAGUGGGCAUACCCUC